AUGCAGCAAGACGCGGCCCGCCACCUGCGCCACACCCUGGACCACGGCCUGCCGCCCGGCGCCCAGGCCAUGCUGGGCGAACAGGCAGACAGCACCGCCCGCCUGCUCAACGGCAUGCAAGCAAAGCUGCAGGAACAGGAAAAAGAACAGCACGCCCGCAUCGCCAUCCACCACUACCACUGCGACCACCUGGGCACACCCAUGGCGCUGACGGACCAGACAGGCCAAGUGGCCUGGGCCGCAAAGCUGGACCCCUGGGGCAAUGUGCUGCAGGAGUACAACCCGCAAGGCAUCCACCAGGCAAUCCGGCUGCCGGGGCAGCACCAUGACAGGGAAACGGGGCUGUAUUACAACCGGCAUCGGUAUUACGAUCCGGUGGUGGGGAGUUAUGUGAAUCAGGAUCCUGUGGGGCUAGCAGGCGGAUUUAACCUAUCUCUAUAUGUUUCGUCGCAGCCCCUUGAUUGGAUUGAUCCUCUAGGAUUGGAUGGCGUUGCAAUUGCCGCUGAUAGGGCCGCAGGUCUUAACUCAGGAUCUCUUAUCGAUAGCAUCAGAAAUGCGCCUCGUUCUGAUGGCACGCCUUUGGGUGCGGGAUGUGGGGAUUCAAAGAGUGACAACUUUGUACCAGACAAACCAUUUGGGUUCAAUUUUCUCCCCGCGUGCCAAGCACACGAUAAGUGCUAUGGGAACAAGAGUGGACCUUCAAAGGAACAAUGUGACAAGUCCUUCAAAGAGGAUAUGCUAAAAGAAUGCAAAGAUAAAAGCUGGCCGAAAUCUAAAAUCUGCAAAGGCUCUGCAAACGAUUACUAUAAAGCUGUUGAUCUUUUCGGGGAUAAAGCAUUUGAUAAUGCAAGGAAAUAA